AUGGAUGAUCUGGAAUUGGCUCCUCAGCGUGAUGAUGAGCCUCGGUGGAUCAAGAAUAUACGCUGGUGCGCAUAUUGUUCAGUCGGUGUCUUACUUCUCAACAUCGUCUUUGCAAGCACCCUCGCGGGGAUGGCAGGGAAAAUUGAAGGCCAGUCUGCAGACAGCCUUCUAUCCUUCUCAACCGCUUACAGUGGAAGCUGCUCCCUUGUCAAGAGCUGGGGCAUUUCCCUGGACUUGCUAAUCAACCUGCUCAGCACGAUAGCUUUAGCCGCAAGCAGUUAUUGUAUGCAAGUGCUGGUGGCCCCAAGCAGAGAGCAGGUUGAUCAGUGCCAUGCACAAGGGAAGUGGCUGGAUAUUGGGAUUCCUGGAAUAAGAAACUUGACCAUUGUUGGACCUUUUCGAGUGGGACUUUGGCUCAUACUACUCCUCACAUCAACACCUUUCCACUUGAUGUAUGUCACUUCUGAUGAUCAAUUGCUCCACUUGAUUUCUGACAAUAGAAGUUACAACUCGGCAGUAUCCAGAUCCAUCGUUUUGUCGCAACAUGAUGUCAAUGUUUAUUUCAUCCCGCGUGAUAUCGAUCCAGCACAAUUUCCCCGCCUUCUAACUCCACGGAACGAACAAUGCUUCGCUUAUGGCAGCUUUCAGCUUGGUCUGGAUGAGAUGUCUUCAUUCCUCGCCAAUGGCAGUUAUGAAACAGUGCGCAAGGAUCGAUGUAUCAGCAUGCUUACCGACCAAGACACGCCCAUACUAGGAACAUUUUUCAUGCGCACCAGUCAAUUGAAUUCCAGUAUGUCAGGCAAUCGCGCUUUCAGAAAGGGUGCUGGAUCUCCUGGCCAGAAUCAAACCUUGACUGGGGAUCAGCCUUUGGGGGUAUGGGACUUUGAGUUCGAUACUUCCUAUGGCGCUCUUCCAUGGAAAACAAAUAGUUUCGACUGGGAUACUUGUUCUCAAUACGCCACAUCGGAGACGUGCAACGAUGCCCGGAAUCUGACAUCAUGGCUCACAACUUCUUUACCGGAAUCCCAAGGUCUGAUUGAUAGUUAUACCAAGUCACUCGGGAGUAAUAUCACGGUGAAACCAGAGACACUAGGAUACUGUCAGGGGUGGGGAUCGGGUUCCCAGCUUGAUUUUGACGAUUGCUUGGUGAUCCAGCAAGACCCCAACUGCCAACUGCAGUAUAGCCCGUUCAUUUUCGUGCUUGUUGCUGUCAUGGUGAUAAUCAAGAUCAUUGUCAUGAUUUUGAUUGUCAGGAACGGACUCAGGAGUCCAAGCCCGUUGUUGACUAUUGGUGAUGCAGUCGCCUCGUUCUUAACGCUACCAGAUUCCAAUACACUCGGUAUCUGCUGGAUGACAAAGCUCGAUCUAAAGAAGAAAGAUUAUGCAUGGCGGGAUCAAGCACAUUUGAAGGGGAGGCUACAGGGACCUUCGAUCUGGAUCAGAGCCGCAAAGCUUUGGCGAAAGCUCAUUGUGCUAGCUCUAUGGAUAGGAUGUAUCAUUUAUGUCUUCUAUCAGUUAGGCAUAAUUGCGCACAAGUGGUGUAUUGGUGAAUCCGAUUGCUCUGCAAUCAGAUCAUGGUGGAUAACAGGGAUCGAUACAAGCACAAUGCAGCGCGGCCCUUUCCAACUGUGGGAGACUUACACUCAAUCAUCAGUUAUAGAGUUGGCUUUGAUAUCCAAUCUUCCUCAGCUCUUUCUGACAUUCAGCUAUCACUUUUACAACAGUGUUCUAACGAGCAUCCUUGCAGAAGCUGAAUAUAGCUCAUAUGGAACUCAAAGAAAGGGUCUUCGUGUAUCUUGGCCCCAGGACAACACUGCUCAGCGGUCAACGUACUGGCUGAGCGUUCCACUUCGUUAUUCUGUGCCACUAUUGCUAAUAUACCUUGUCAUUGGUUGGGCGGUGUCCCAAAGUCUUUCUCUGGUGACAAGCAGCGAGAUUCGUACAGACGGGAUCCUGACUUCAUACUCGUUAAAAUAUUCACCGUUGGCGAUAAUCAUAUCUUUGGCUCUUUACUUCGUGAUGGGGGCAUCUCUUCUUGCAUUGGGACUAUGCAGGAGAUUCAAAUCCAAGUUACCUCUGACCGGGGCUUGCAGCGUCAUCAUCAGUGCAGCCUGUCAUCCGCCGGAUUCUUUGGACGAUGCCACAAAAGGGGUUCAGUGGGGCGAAACACUUUUGUUACCCGAUGGAUUGGAACAUGAGCCUGGGGUUGGUCACUGCAGUUUUACUUCGAAGGAAACGUUGUUACCUUCUGGCGAUAAGGAUUAUCGUUAA